GUCUGUCCGGCGUUCCCUCGCGUAAAGGGCGACUUUGGCAUCGGCUCUCUCUCGUUAGGUAAUUACCGAGGCGAAAGCAGCUCUCUCGGAAGUCAGUUUCCCCGCCAUCUUAGUGGGACUAGUCUAAUAAACUUUCACUUGAACUGCCGGAUUUUUUUUUGUUGUGGUAACGCCCUUCUAGAAUUACGUUUAACGUCCCUUUAUGACUUUCCCGAUUGGCGCCUCGGGUCGGUAGCCGGGCUCCGGGACAUUACUACCACGGCUACUAUCGACCCGAGCCCAAAGAAGGAAAGGAAAAGAACGAACUAAGCGAGGAGUUCAUUGGCCAUACAUAGUGAAGGGGGAUGGGGGUCAACCUCUUUCAUGACCCAUGGCCCCAGUGUGUCACUUGAUUAGCAUUUCUAGAACAAAUUGUGUAGGGUUGUUUUUUCGAUAGAAAAACAGGGGAGUUGGCUGUAGUUGAGACACGUUUUUCGGAUGGACGAUAUGGAUUUCUUCGAGAUGGUGAACCGCUUUUUUAACCGUGAGAGGGAGGUCAUUCAGAACCCGCUGGCUCCAGAACCGGCGGAAGUUUCCCACGCCGAUCCCCACGUGAGGCACUUCGAAGUGCCAUUCACACUUUGAUUCUUGAGCAAGUUCGGGAACAUUCUGAGAAGGGGAAAGGGCGGCUGUCCGUUCACUUUCCGGAAAUGGCAGAAAUCCACUCCAGUGCCGCAGAGAACAUUAUGUCUCGCGAUCUGGAAAUAUCUGCGGAGAUGGAUACUGAAACCCUCCGCGGAUGGGUGGAGGAGAUAAAGGAGAACCCUAAUGAAUCUCAUAAAAUCCCUCAUUAGGGAACACCUGUAAGAUGAGUCUGCCGCUUUCUUUCAUAACAGAGCCGGGAAUAACGGCUGGCAUAGAAGUUUCUCGCACGCAAGGAGAUGCUGCUGCUGGAUGUUACAGUUCUGGGGCGCCAUGAUCCUUCUCUCUGGAACAAUCGAGGUCACUGCCUUCCUUCAGCUUUCAGAGGGCAUCAAUCAUCGUUCAGUGAGCUAUUUAUUGCCGCCAAUAGCGCUUCGCUUGCAUGCAAGGCGGCACGCCAGGUAGAGCUAUCGCGCGCGGGCGAAGGAGAUGCAUUUCAGGUACUGGUAGUACUGGACAAGCUCUCAGGGAAUAAUCUCUUUCUUAUUUCUGCCUUUCUUUCCCAUGACGACUAGGAACAGGCAAAUCCAAAAUUUCACUUCGAAUUUCGGACCUCAACAUCCUGCUGCUCAUGGUGUUUCACGAUUAGUAUUGGAAAUGAACGGAGAAGUGGUGGAACGUGCGGAACCACAUAUUGGAUUACUCCAGUGCGGCACGAAGCCGC